AUGUCUCUACAGGAAGAACGUGGCUCAAAUAUAGUUUCUGUUAACACUGCUGAUGACGAAGAAAAUGCCGGACCGAUCUCAAUUCAAAAGCUUGAAGGUUCCGGAAUUUCAGCGGCAGAUGUAAAGAAGUUGCAGGAGGCGGGUUUUUAUUCAGUCGAAAGCAUACAGUUUGUUCCCAAGAAAGCUCUUCUCAGUAUCAAAGGUAUCAGCGAAAUGAAGGCCGAUAAAAUUCUGGAAGCUGCGAAGAAGUUAGUUCCGUUUGGUUUCACAACUGCAACUGAAUUUCACCAGAAAAGAUCAGAAAUAAUCCAAUUGACCACAGGAUCGAAGGAAUUGGAUAAACUCCUUCAGGGUGGUAUUGAGACGGGUUCCAUAACGGAGCUAUUUGGAGAGUUUCGAACGGGAAAAACGCAAAUCUGCCACACGCUUGCCGUGACUUGUCAGCUUCCCGUCGAUAUGGGAGGUGGUGAGGGGAAAUGCCUCUAUAUCGAUACGGAGGGCACUUUCCGCCCAGAGCGUCUGCUUGCCGUUGCUGAGCGUUACGGACUUUCGGGCAGUGAUGUUCUGGACAAUGUUGCUUACGCACGCGCUUACAACACUGAUCAUCAACUGGAGCUUCUCAUUAACGCUGCUGCAAUGAUGAGCGAAUCGAGGUAUGCUUUGUUGAUUGUGGACAGUGCCACCGCUCUCUAUCGAACUGACUACUCAGGCCGUGGGGAGUUGUCCGCUCGCCAAAUGCAUUUGGCCCGUUUUCUCCGAACGCUUUUGCGUUUGGCAGACGAAUUUGGCGUUGCGGUGGUGAUCACGAAUCAGGUUGUUGCUCAGGUGGACGGUGCCGCGAUGUUUUCGGCUGAUCCAAAGAAGCCGAUCGGUGGCAAUAUCAUGGGCCACGCGUCUACCACAAGGCUGUAUCUGCGAAAGGGACGUGGUGAAACGCGGGUGUGCAAGAUUUACGACAGUCCUUGCCUGCCCGAGGCGGAAGCAAUGUACGCAAUCAUGCCAGAUGGAAUUGGUGACGCUAAGGAUUGA